AUGACCGUUGGUCCCACUUUUGAUACUACCACCGGGAAAACGACGACAACGACAAAGGCCAGUGCUGGUAGCUCGAAGAAUCCAACGUGGUAUUACUUUGCCGGAGCCGGUGCGGGUAUGGCUAUCUUGGGAGUGUUCGUCUUCGUGUGCCGGCAGAUCAAGAUGCGGUACUUCCCGAAGCAGAUCUAUAAAAAGAUGUACAAAGACCUACUCACCGUCAAGAAAAACCUUCCCGAAAACGUUCAGCAGUGCUUGGAAGAUGCGGCGAUGAAAGAUGCUACCCGCCCCACCGACCCCUGGGAAGUAGAUGACGACACCUUAUUCGUCUCUUCCCAAAAGCUAGGCUCCGGCGCCUAUGCUAUCGUUUUUAAAGGCCACCUGAAAGGAGCGCCACCGGUCGUCAAAAUCUUUCCGAGACUCAAGAUUUCCGCUCUCUACACCGACGAUGAGCACCAUGUGGCGAUAAAAAUGGCUCACACGCAUGCUAGUGAUAAGGACAAGAUGGACCUGCUUCAAGAAAUUGAAUUCAUGAAAACUUUGGAUGAAAAACUCACCAACGACGACCUCGUACCUCUCGCGUGGCAAAUCAGCGAUGCUUUGGCCUACCUCUCAUCCCGAAACAUGAUCCACAGGGAUGUAGCUGCCAGAAAUGUGUUGUUGACGAAGGAGAAGAUGGCAAAAUUGAGCGAUUUCGGACUGUGUCGGCUAUCUAGUGAGAUGUUUUACACAACCCGGGGCGGGAAGCUGCCAAUAAAAUGGAUGGCGCCAGAGUCGCUGGAAACGGCGGUAUUUAGCGAGAAAACUGACGUGUGGUCUUUUGGCGUUUUUCUUUUCGAGUUGUUCACCUACGGCACCUCGCCCUACAUGGCCAUCGAUCCGGAACGUAUGCUGGAACAUUUGAAAGAAGGCAGCAGAUUGGAACUGCCAGAAGAAAGUCCGGAAAGGAUCACCAAACUCCUCGCCUCGUGCUCAGAAUUCGACGCUGCUCGACGUCCAAACUUUCAGCAGAUUCGCAGCGAGCUCUACGACCUUGUCUCGGAAUCCACAGAGCAAUACGGAUACCUUGAAUUCCGUAAAAAUUACUAUGAUUUUGUGGUCACCCCCAAACAUUGUUCGAGUAGUGAAAAUUCG